AAUCCCCCCAGCAGGCUUACAUAUCUGCGCGCCUUUACCUGUCCUCGGAGCCGCACAUCCCGAACCCGCAACGAGCUACUAGCGAAGCCGAGCACAGUCAAGCCCGAAGCCGUUUCGCCGUUCUCUUCUCAUAUUUGAUUUUUUUCAGCGCAUACGAGCGGCCGCGACCUUUGAUCCUUCCAACUCUUCGGCCGCCGGCUGGGCGUGCCACAGUCAUCCAACAUGGCAUCGCGCCUCUUCCGACCGAUGAGGUCGCUCAUGGCCUCCCGAAAUUUAUCAAAAUACAUGGUACAUGGGCAGCCGAUUGUUGUGCAAGGAGUACGGAUCAAGCAUGGCUCCUUCAGAAGGCGAAUCUUCCGGACCCUGGCCAUGGGUAUUACUCUAUACGUGUGCGCCGAUUACUACGACAGGAAAGUGCUAGGGAUGCUUUCGAACGCGUUGGAUGAUCUCGACGGCGACCGUGGCCAUGGUGAAGAGGAGGAUGACGAAGAAGAGGAUUACGUCUUCAUCCCCUUUCCCCUAACGGAGCAAAAACUCAAGCCAGAGCCAUACUCGGCACGCAGUCCGGAGUGGAAAGAGUUCGUCAAGUUCGCACAAGAUCAGAAACGGAUACAGCAAGUCCAGGAGGACAUCGCCAGCCUGGUCUUGAGGAUGCUCAAGAAUCAGCGAAUCUUGACAAACUAUGUUGGACCAGAAAUGACUGUCAAAAAAGCAUGGCUCCAGGCAUUUUAUCCUUUGGUCGCACCUCCCGAAUACGAACGUUACGGAAUCAUGAUUACGCCAUAUGAAAUCGGAUGGGCUAGUAUAUCGAUGGAGUCGCCACAGGUGAAGAAAGCUGAGCGGUUGUUCUGGCCUAAGCCUGUUGCGUUGUCGCUAUGGGCCGUCGCUACCACCCUUGCGAAGAAGAAAGCGAUGGAGGUCUCGCAGUUUUUCGGUCUUUCGGGUCUUUUCACCCCUUCGGAGCCCCCGGUGCAACGAGCUCAGGGAACCGGAACAACUGGACUGCCUUCGACGGUCACUGGCGACGUUCAGAGAAUGAUGGACCACAUCCGACGACAGGCAACACAACGACCGGAGGAUGUGCAGGACCCUGGUGCCCUGGUCUCGGCAAGGAGUAUGAAUCCCGACGCUGCUGCGCAGAACAAGGGGAUACUCACAACCAUGAAUCGACCCCCUCCUAGCAAAGAGCCGCCCAAGGCCGGCGAAGAGAAAAAGGACCAGGAAUGGGCUUUGGCCCAGCUGCGGGACUUCAUCGGGCUCAGCCCAUGGGAGAUAUUCACCAAGACGUACAGGAAGGUCUGGAAACCAAUUCGACCUGAUCCACCGCGCGGGUCGAUGGCCUUUGCCGGUAUGAUCGAGUUUGAGACGAAGAAGCAUUGGUUAACAGCAUAUGUCACGGCUUGGUACAACCCAGGGACGCGAAGUUUCGACCCCAACAACUUUACGAUUACUGUCACGAGGUUGACGAACAAGCAAGUCCACCCCUUGGUCCGUUAACACAAGAUGUUGUGUUGCGAUACAAUGGCAGAGGAGGUCUUUGUUUCGAUGGGAGCCUUCUUCUCAGUUCUUUCAUUUCUUUAUAUCAGCAUGCUGGAGUGUAGCAUUGUCAUGGGACGGCGUUACGUGGAAUAGGCUUCGAUAAAAGCAUGGCAAUUUCACAAGUUGUGUCGGUCAGCUUGGUAAAAUUGUACAGAGCGGGCAGACUCGGGGUU